ACUAAAGCGGCUGACGUUCUUCAUGACGGAGCUGCUGUUCUAGUAGUGUCGACUGUCACUCUGAGCAGCGCAGGGGUCAGUUGGAGCUUCUACCAACUCCGGUGCACGACCAGUUUACAAUAGCUGUCGGAUCAAACUUUUCAGUGCAAAACGCAAAUAGGAGUAUAAAGGUCAAGGGCUUUUGGAACGUGUCCAUUCUUCCCCUGGAAAUUAAAACCACAUUUUCCAUUUUGGGCUAAAGAAGGUGGUGACACUUCUCUUUUCUAUUGUGGCACUGGGGACAUCCAGGAACUUGUGAGUGUGGGUGGUGUUCGUUCAAUAGACUGCGAUGCACCGCUUAAGGACUUGUGCGGCACGGCUUCGGCCAAUCACUGCCUCUCAGACUGCUAAAAAUCUAUCACAACAGAGGCCAGCAUCCACCCCAAGGACGUUUCAGCCAUUCAGGUGCUACACUGCACCGGUGGCCGCAGAGCCGUUUCUGAAUGGAACGAGCUCCAACUAUGUCGAGGAGAUGUACUAUGCAUGGUUGGAGAAUCCGAAGAGUGUGCACAAGUCUUGGGACAUUUUCUUCAGGAAUGCUAAUGCUGGUGCUCCUCCAGGUACAGCCUACCAGAGUCCUCCUCCACUAGGAGUGAGUCUGGCCGGGCUUACUCAAGCCCAGUCUCUGGUGGGGGCUCAACCGAAUGUGGAGAAACUGGUGGAAGACCAUUUGGCAGUCCAAUCCCUCAUCAGGGCUUAUCAGGUAAUGGGGCAUCACAAUGCAAGCCUUGACCCACUUGGCAUCAGUUGUGUAAAUUUUGACGAGACCCCAGUAGCUACUGGGUUCCAGCAUGUUGGUUUCUAUGGGCUGGAAGAGUCUGAUCUAGAUAAAGUAUUCCGCUUGCCCACCACCACCUUUAUUGGGGGCAAUGAGAGCGCUCUGCCCCUCAGGGAGAUCAUCCGCCGCUUGGAGAUGGCAUAUUGCCAACACAUAGGGGUUGAGUUCAUGUUCAUCAAUGACCUGGACCAGUGUCAGUGGAUCAGACAGAAGUUUGAGAGGCCUGGGGUCAUGCAGUUCAGCCUUGAGGAGAAGCGGACACUGUUGGCUCGCAUGGUUCGCUCCACCAGGUUUGAGGAGUUCCUGCAAAGGAAAUGGUCAUCUGAGAAGCGCUUUGGGCUGGAGGGCUGUGAGAGUCUGAUCCCUGCACUAAAAACCAUCAUUGAUAAAUCCAGCAAGAAUGGAGUAGAUGCUGUCAUCAUGGGAAUGCCUCACAGAGGACGUCUGAAUGUGCUUGCCAAUGUAAUCCGUAAGGAACUGGAGCAGAUUUUCUGUCAGUUUGACUCUAAAUUGGAAGCUGCUGAUGAGGGUUCAGGAGAUGUCAAGUACCACUUGGGCAUGUACCACAGGAGGAUAAAUCGUGUGACUGACAGGAAUAUUACCUUGUCAUUGGUGGCCAACCCUUCCCAUCUAGAAGCGGUGAACCCGGUGGUGCAGGGCAAGACUAAGGCAGAUCAGUUCUACUGUGGAGACACAGAUGGCAAUCGGGUGAUGUCCAUUCACAUCCAUGGUGACGCUGCAUUCGCAGGUCAGGGCAUUGUCUAUGAAACCUUCCAUCUGAGCGAUCUGCCCUCCUACACCACACAUGGCACUGUGCAUGUGGUUGUCAACAACCAGAUUGGUUUCACCACAGAUCCUCGUAUGGCACGCUCCUCGCCGUAUCCGACUGAUGUUGCCCGUGUGGUCAAUGCCCCCAUAUUCCACGUCAACGCAGACGAUCCUGAAGCUGUGAUGUACGUGUGCAAUGUGGCCGCAGAGUGGAGAGCCACCUUCCACAAAGAUGUGGUGGUGGAUCUGGUAUGUUAUCGCCGGAUGGGCCACAACGAGAUGGAUGAGCCCAUGUUCACCCAGCCACUGAUGUACAAACAGAUCAAGAAGCAGAAAGGUGUUCUUCAGAAAUAUGCUGAGAAGCUCAUCGCCGAAGGUGCCGUUUCACGACAAGAGUAUGAGGAAGAGAUUGCCAAGUAUGACAAAAUUUGUGAGGAAGCUCAUGCUCGCUCAAAGGAUGAGAAGAUCCUCCACAUCAAGCACUGGCUGGACUCCCCCUGGCCAGGUUUUUUUACUCUGGAUGGCCAGCCGAAGAGCAUGAGCUACCCGUCCACCGGUCUGCCAGAGGAGGACCUGACCAACAUCGGACUAGUGGCGUCAUCAGUACCUGUAGAGGAUUUCACAAUUCAUGGAGGUCUGAGUCGUAUUCUAAAGGGCCGUGCUGAAAUGAUCAAGAACAGGAUGGUGGACUGGGCUCUGGGAGAGUACAUGGCCUUUGGCUCUCUGCUCAAGGAGGGCAUCCAUGUGCGUCUCAGUGGCCAAGAUGUGGAGAGAGGAACCUUCAGUCACCGUCAUCAUGUUCUUCAUGAUCAAAAUGUGGACAAGAGGACUUGCAUCCCAAUGAACCACAUAUCCCCUAACCAAGCCCCAUACACUGUCUGCAACAGCUCUCUGUCUGAGUAUGGAGUUCUAGGCUUUGAGUUGGGCUUUGCCAUGGCCAGUCCCAAUGCUCUGGUUCUGUGGGAGGCCCAGUUUGGAGACUUCCAUAACACAGCUCAGUGUAUAAUAGACCAGUUCAUUUGCCCUGGCCAAGCUAAAUGGGUCCGCCAGAAUGGCAUCGUCUUAUUGCUGCCACAUGGCAUGGAGGGGAUGGGUCCAGAGCACUCAUCUGCCCGUCCAGAGCGCUUCCUGCAGAUGUGCAAUGAUGACCCUGACUUUAACCCUAAAAUCACUGAUGACUUUGAGGUGCGUCAGCUGUAUGACUGCAACUGGAUUGUUGUGAACUGUUCAAAUCCUGCCAACUAUUUCCAUGUGAUGAGGAGGCAGAUCCUUCUUCCCUUCAGGAAACCUCUUAUUAUUUUCACCCCCAAAUCUCUUCUGCGUCAUCCGGAAGCCAAGUCUAGCUUUGACCAGAUGCUACCAGGCACUCAUUUCCAGCGCGUGAUCUCAGAUGAUGGACCCCCAGCUCAAAACCCCUCAGAUGUGAAGCGCCUUGUCUUCUGUACAGGGAAAAUCUAUUACGAGCUCACACGUGAACGAAAAUUACGCAACAUGGAGAACUCUGUGGCUAUCACUCGCAUUGAGCAGCUCUCUCCUUUCCCAUUUGACCUGGUGAAGGCUGAGACUGAGAAAUAUCCCAAUGCUGACCUGGUCUGGUGUCAAGAGGAGCAUAAGAACCAGGGAUACUAUGACUACGUCAAGCCCCGCAUGCGCACCACCAUUGAACGUGCCAAGCCUGUCUGCUAUGCUGGUCGUGAGCCUGCCGCUGCCCCAGCCACUGGCAACAAGAACACCCAUCUUCUGGAGCUGAAGCGUUUCCUCGACACUGCCUUUAACCUGGACGCCUUCAAAGACCACAUCUAAAUCUGUCCUCCAAUCAACAAGAAUACAAAAUCUCACAAAUACCCCAUUCACCCGGCAACAAAAUACACUACACAAAACCAUUAUAAUCAUCCCAUGAAUAAUAGUAAUACAUACUGUUUCUCCUGUGUUAAGUAUCAGGUAUCUGAGUUUUUCAGUUCAGUCUUUGUCACCAUUGUUGCCCAGUUCAGCAACACCAAAAUAUAUUAAACCACAGAAAAUACAAAUUCUUUUGCUUGAACAAAUAAAUAAACAGCACAAAUUUUAAUGGACCUAAUGUAUUUUCAACCAAAGUACUGUUCCAAUCCUAUUAAGAAUCAGCAUACAAUAUUGUCCCCAAACUCACUUUUUCUUAAGCUUUCAUGUAGGGUUGUCAUGAUUUCUGUAUGCUACUUGCAUCCCAACUCUCAACUGCACUAAGGCUUUAAUUUUUAUGUUUUUUUUUUAUUUUAUUUUUAUUAUUUUGUUAGAAUAAGGGAGAAUGUUGGGACAUGCAUUUGCAUUUUUUUCAUUAGUGGAAAAGAUUGUAAAGUAAGUAGGAAAAAGUACACUUUAUCUGUACCUUUGCGCUGUUUUCUGAUAAGACAAAAAAACAGUUGGUUCUUUAAAAGUGGAUGUUGCCGUUGUUUGAUUGUAUUUAUGUAAAAAUGAAUUUGUAUUCAGGGAAGGAAAGUCUUGAUGUCAAAAUCAGAACAGUGUGGAAAAUUCUUUACAGUAUGUGCCUCUGUUCCCAUCCAGUAUCAUCUAUAGCAUUGUAUGCCCUGCACACUUGGCUAAUCAGUGAUGCAGCCUAGUGCAGCUAAAAAUCCCUUCACAACCAUCCUAGCCAUCUGAUAACUUGUGCCAUACAGCCCAGCAGCAGGAACAUUUCAAAUGUAAAACAGAAUUACACAUUUGUGGUCGCUCUUUUAAAUAAAAACCAAUGACAUCUUUUUGGCUUUUUCAAAGAAAAAGCAAAUGAUUUUAUUUAUUGUUUUUUUUUUUUUUUUUUUUUGAGGAAUUUUUUUUUUUAGGUUCUUGUAAUGGUUUAGCUUCAUUCAAUAAACUCAUAAUCUUC